CGUCACAUCCCCCCCCCCCCCCCACCGCGUCAGCGUGAUGUACGCGAUGAAACCGAUUCCGGUACAGCAGCUGCCGACGCAGCAACAGCAGCAGCAGAUGGCCAUGCCGCGACAACCGAAGAUGACGCCGAUCACGGACGACUACGACAUCUCCAACACGGUGCUCGGGCUCGGCAUCAACGGCAAGGUGGUGCAGUGCACGAGCAAGUCCACCGGCCAAAAGUAUGCCCUCAAGGUACUGCACGACAAUGCCAAGGCCCGGCGCGAAGUGGAGCUACAUUGGCGGGCGAGCGGAUGCCGAAACAUUGUAAAUGUCAUCGAUGUGUACGAGAAUAGCUACGGCGGCAAUCGAUGCUUGCUCGUCGUUAUGGAAUGCAUGGAGGGUGGCGAACUAUUCCAACGUAUUCAAGAAAGACAGGAUGGCCCCUUCACGGAACGAGAGGCCGCCCAAGUCAUGCAUGAAAUCUGUGUCGCUGUCAAGUACUUGCACGAUUCCAACAUCGCACACCGUGAUCUCAAGCCGGAAAACCUGCUGUACACGUCGCCCCACCCGAACGCCAUACUAAAACUGACCGAUUUUGGCUUCUCGAAGGAAACGUUCAUCAAGGACACGCUGCAGACGCCCUGCUACACGCCGUACUACGUCGCGCCGGAAGUGCUGGGGCCGGAGAAGUACGACAAGAGCUGUGAUAUUUGGUCGCUCGGUGUUAUCAUGUACAUUCUGUUGUGCGGAUUUCCUCCGUUUUACAGCAACCAGGGGCUAGCUAUCUCGCCCGGCAUGAAAGCACGCAUCCGCACCGGACAGUACGACUUCCCGAACCCGGAGUGGAAGAAGGUUAGCCAGGCGGCCAAGGACCUGAUCAAGGAUAUGCUGAACGUGGAGCCGGAGAAGCGGCUCACCAUUGAGCAAGUGAUGAUGAACCCUUGGAUUCGGCGCUACACCGAGGUGCCCCAAACUCCGCUACACACCGGGCGCAUGCUGAAGGAGGGCGAAGAAAUUUGGCCCGAGGUGCAGGAAGAGAUGACCCGCUCGCUGGCCAACAUGCGGGUCGAUUAUGAGAUGCACAUCAAGAAUCUGGACAGCUCAAACAAUGCACUGCUCAACAAGCGGCGAAAGCGCGUGGAAGAAAAGGCUGCCCCCAAAGAAUAAUGCGCGACUGGCCGGACGGCGCAGCAUCCUCCUCCUGUGGCGGCCCACGUUGCGGUCGCCUACUAUUUCCCGCUGGUCGCCUUUUGUUUGCUCGUGGGCUGGUUUUUCGUUAGCGGCGGGGGCAAGUAGGCGCUGAGACGGUGCCGCCAGCCAGACAGCCAGCAAAAGCCAGCCGUCGCUUUUUCGGGUCGAUUAUUCUGGUGUGCAUCGCAUCGGGGUCGUCCCCAUUCCCUUUUCCCGGUACGAGGGGGAAGGGCCGAUUUUCCCGCCCUAUUUUACUCUGCUGAAAAGUUAGAAAAAAAGACUAGUAUUUAAUCAGUGUUUAAGCAUUUUAACGAAAACAAUCAGUUGCUUUUUUAAAUCAUUUUAUUCUUAUGACGGUGGAUUGAAGGCACUACUCGCGAUUCUAGCGCGAGUUUCCGCUCUCAAGCAAGUGGAUUUGGGUUAUUUUUUUUAUUUUUUAACGGAAUGGAACAAUCGAAAAGACGAACGGAACGAGAACAGCAAAAGAAAAACCCAAACCUUUUUACAUACCGGACACAAAUUGACUGCUGCUACGUCACUGUUACCGGCUGCUUACCGUUGAGUACACCAGCUGGGGUCGCGCUAUUUGGCCGCAGUACAGUUACCGCAAUACAUCACAUUUAUAGAGAUAUAUAUAUAAACAAUGUAUAAAUAUUUACAAUGGUGCUGCUGCUGAUGCCUCUCAGCUUCUUGUUGCUAAAAUGGAGCCCCUGUUAUAAUGCAGUGGGAAACUGCCACGCAUUUGGAGAGGGGACAAUGAAUGAGGAAGAAAAGUUCUAUAUAUUUUUUCAAAUCGUGACCGUUAUUAACGCACUAUAGCAGACAGUUUUGCCCGAUGCGGAUAGAGAUGUAUAGCUUGAUAAUGAACAGAAAAAAAACACACACACACACAUUUUAAACGCUAGAUUAAAUACGUAGAACCGCGACAAGACAAGAUAAGGUGGGCAGGAAUUGACGAAGCGAGGUAGGAUAAACAAACAAACAAACAAACGAAAAAAUCGCCCACGCGUACAGGAAUCGAAAAUAUAUGUAUAUGCUAAAAACAAACAAAAAUCGGAAACAAUAAUCAGUGUUUUGGGAGGGGAAAAUAAAUAGGAAAACAAAACAUUAAAAAAAAAAACAAUUUCUAGCUUAAGCUUUUUGGCGUUUAAAGGCAACAAAAACGGAAAAACAGACAAAAAAAAAUACAAAAUCGGCUUAACAAAAUCACUCGAUAAUCAGUAAUAAAUGCUCCUGGCGUUGUGCUCGCGAUCGUAUUGUGGCCACCCAGGGAAGACGGGCCAUUUUCAUCCAUCCAUCCAUCAACACAAAACGGAGAAAGAUAUAGGGAAAGUAGGACCUUGUCUUACCGAACAUCAAGAGCGACAGAUGAGGGGCAACAAAUCGAACAAAACGGAAAGACUUAAUCUCAAAAUGUCGAACUACCUUUACCCCUGGCGCGUUGCAAAACCAUCCUCCCCGGAGGGGGGGAUACGAAAGCAAGAAGAGAAAUGUUUUCAAUAUAUUACAACAAGGCAAAUUGCAACGUUUGCCAAGGGCCAUCAAGGGCGAUCACGUCCUACAUGAAACAUGAAAUUUGUCAAUUUAUAUCUUCUCCUAUCCCGUUUACUUUUUCACGUUUAAUAAACUACAAUAUCUUACUAAUCGCUUUCCUCAUCGGUUUGCAUUUAGGGGAAAAACAUCAUCAUCUGGCUAGUUAGUUCUUUUGCUCGAUGAUCUCUCGUUAAUCUCGGGAGCCACACUUCCCCGAUAGGAUCGCUUUACAGCAGAUAUAUUUAUAUUCCUUACAUAUUCCUUGCCACCACGCGUAACAAAAACACAUUCCGUGCCAGUCCACAAUUGUCCACAGUGUUGUUUACCUCAGCCAAAAACCUCAACCUUCACGCAAACAAUCCACUCAAUUAAGGCCAACGGAAGUAGGACGACGUACGACGGAAUGUUGUUCACAGCAAGAGAUUAGUUGUACCUUUCAUAGAGCGUUUUAGGGUAGAAGUUGUUUUGUUUUGUUUUUUUUUUUGGUCGUGUGGUGUGUGAUACAUUUGCCGGUUGUGUGGGAAAGAAAACCCCGUUAACGCUAUCGUUCUGGGGCGUUUCUAAAACGCUUGGUGUGUGUGUGUGUGUGUGUGUUUGUCUAAGUGUAUCUUGAAUGGGGAGGGUGCUGUUUCAAGAAGGAAGAAAUAAUAUAAAAAAAAAAUAUAGCUAAUUACAUGAAAGUCAAUGUGUUUCUUAAAGUCAUGUUACAAGAAACGUGAACGAAUACAAUAAAACAAGCAAGCAAACAAACAAACAAACAAAACCCCAACAAAACAACGAAAAAAACGAAAGUUUCAAACAAAGUAAUAGAGCCAAUGCUUCUGUAGGCGCAUCCUACCAAACACAACCACACAACACAAAACCCAUUACUAACGCCAAAUCGCUCCUGUUCGUUCUACCCUUUUAUCUUCCCUCCCUUUUGCCUUGCCCAUCUCAAAUCACCUUGUUCUUGGUGAUUUAAUUAAAAAAAGCCAGACACUUCUCGUCGUAACGAAAGGUUGUUCAAUUGAAGCAGUUAUCCAAUAACAAUGUUAUGCAAAUAAACAAAACAAAACAAAAGGACUAAAAAAAGCAGAAAAAAAUAAGUAUGUUAAGCGCCAAAAGGGAAAAAUCAACGAAAACAAUACAAACAAUAAAGAAACACGUUUCGUCCAAAGGCAACACUUUUUUUUGGGGGGACGAAGGAAAAGAAGCAUAAAAAUAUGUUUAGAGUGGAAAAUAAACAGGCAAAA